GAGGUAUUAUUUUUAGGUUAGUUUUCAAAAGGAAAACAUCUCCCAAAUUAUUUAAAAAAAUCCGCGCGUAACAAAAGUGACUUUUGUUGUUGUAAAGAUAUGUUUGAAAGUAACGAAAUUGUUGUUGUUGACAAAGAAUCGAUUAACUCGUGUGACCCUCAUGGCUACUACAGUGAAUACUGUCGCCAAGAGGUGAAUUUCAAAUCGCCCGGCAAACGUUCCUUUCUCAACGAGUGUAUACGCCAGAUAUAUAUCCUGCAUGGCAGUGAUGUUUCGACAAUGACCACCAUACCGGUGGAGUUUAAUCGUUGUGUCCUCUGGAAUGCUGUAAACGCCCUGAUGAUGCCCCAAAAGCUGAGUCAUUACCAGGCAUCGGUGGAAAAGGUAAAACGUCGUUUAUUCCGAGAGAGUAAAAUACGCCAAAGAAAAUCCCGGAAGCCCAGUUGUAAUAAUGGAACUGCCAGUGAAUUUUAUUUCUACAAAUCCAUACGUAGCGAUUUGGGUAUCAAGAAGAUACCACGAACAUAUUUGGAUGAAGCCCGUCAGAGAAUCUAUGCCGAACGUAGUCAAAAUUUGAAAAGGAAACAUGGUGAAAUGGAUGGUGGUGAUGCUGAUGAUGAUCUACGCAAACAAGCCGCCCUCCACUUGGCAACCAAAGAGGGGGUAUUUCAAGUCUCCCAACAGGUUAUCAAUAAAGUAUGUCGUUAUCAUGGUAAUAUGGCCCGCCAACAUCCGCAACGCGAACGUUCCAUGGAGGAACAAUUGAAACGGGAACGUAACACCGAAGCCUGUCGCCUGACGCGAAGAGCCAAGAAGUUAGAAGAAAUGUUGGUGGAACAACAAUAUCGUGAACGUCUCGAGGCCAAUGAGAAGGUGUUGGAGGCCUCAAUACGUUCGAUUCUCUAUAUGAAAGCCCUGAUGGGUCUAAUGGUGAAUGGUUCGAUACAUCCGCAGGAAGAUCGAAGUAUUUUUAUUUGAAAAAAGAAA